CGUUACCUCCAUUUUGUUUCAACUAACUUUCGUAACGUACCUCUUCAAUUUAAAUUCAUUUUAACGAUUAAUACAUUCAUAUAAAUCUUUAUACCAAGAAUAUUUUCAAAAUAAAUAAGUAAUUAACAACAUUCCAAUUGAUACUGAACUGGUGUUAAAAUGGCCCUCAGAACCCGUAAUAUGAACGCGGUCAGAGGGGUGGACCAAGAAAACACUGGUGUCUUGAGAUCAAAAGCUAAUACAACUUCCCUGACAACAAAACGUGCAGCCCUUGGCGAUGCAACAAACUCCUUGGGAAUACUUAACAGGGGCAAAGAUGCAAAGAAGAAAGAAGGACCAACUAAACCGACUUUUCAAGCUGCUGCUUCUAAAAUCAAGGAACCUUCGGUGAAGCCAACGAUUGAGAAGUCAUUAAGCAAGCUACCACGGCCCGCUACAAAACCUGUGGCCAAACCAUUACAAACAGGACGCGGUUUGGGGUUGAAAAAGGAGGAGAACAAAUGUAUCCCACAAGUUCAGAAGCCAGAUGUUGGUCAGCCGUUGGAGAACGUUGUUGACAUAGACAAAGAGGAUGCCGGGAAACCCUUUUUGGUUUCUGAAUAUGCUAAUGAAAUAUACUGCUAUCUGCGCCAACUAGAGGCCAAGUGUGCAAUCACUGAGAACUACUUGGCAGGACGCCUGGUGACUCCCAGGAUGAGAGCUACACUGGUAGAUUGGCUGGUAGAGGUACAACAACAGUAUCAUUUGUUUCCUGAAACUCUACAUCUGAGCGUCGCCAUCACUGACAUGUUCCUGCAGAAAGUGAGUUCCAUAGACAAGGAGCACCUGCAGCUGGUCGGGGUGUCUGCAAUGCUUGUGGCUUGCAAGUACGAGGAGACUUACUCACCAGACAUCUCCGACUUUGUAUACAUCACUGACAACUCGUUCACCAAGGAAGAAAUCCUCAUGAUGGAGAAAGGCAUCUGUGGAAAACUGGAUUUUGCCUUUGGACGACCUCUGUCACUGCAAUUCCUACGACGAUACAGCAAAGCAGCCUUUGCCACGCCGUUGCAGCAUUCUUUCGCCAAGUAUUUCCUGGAACUGGCUCUUGUGGACUACCAAAUGGUUCAUGUGAAGCCAUCAAUGGUGGCUGCAGUAGCUAGUUACAUAGCGCUCAGGAUCACUGAUGAAAAGAAGAAAGCUGAAGAGAUCUGGACCAAUACGCUGGUUCAGUAUUCCACCUACACGUUUGAGCACCUGAAACCACUGAUUCCCGUGAUGGCCUCUAUUAUACUAAAGGCCAGAAUCUCCAAGCACCAGUCUGUAAGAAGGAAGUACGAGUCACCAAAACUGCAGAAAGUCAGUUGCUCUCCAAUCCUAGAGUCUGAACUAAUUAAGAGCUUAGCUGGAGAGGAAUGAAAUGAACAACAAUUCAGGCUCAUGACUUGUCCUUGUGAACAUUAGCUCUAGAUUACUAUAAGUCAAUGCAAUCAGUAGAAACACUUGGGUUUAUGAUUCAAGGCUAAAUUCUGUGUUAUUUUGUCAUUGUAUUUGUAAGUUUAAAGCUAUUGUAUUUUAUUAUUUAUUACUCUAAUGACCUAUUGUCUACAGACAUUUUACUAUGCCUUCAUUUCCAAAUUUUAUUUAUGCUUUUAUCUGUAAUAAAACUCUCUAGAUGGUAUUAUUUCAUUGUUUUGUCUGUAAGUUUUUGAAAUAUGUAACCUGUGGUCAUUGACAAUUUCCCCUGUCAUAUUCAAUUUCCAAAUCCUAUGUAUAAGUUUUUAUCUGUAAUAAAACAUUUUAUGUAAAUUGUUCUAUUUCAUUAUUUUGUAAGAUUAUUGUUUAAAGUGUAAUUUUAAAAAAUGUGUGAAAUGUAUUUGACUCUUGACUAGUAUAAGGUGUUAUUUAUGUUGUAUUGUUAUAUGUAUAUAUUUACUGUAUUCAUCUUUGACUGUAGACAUGUUGUAGGCUUAAGAAGACGACUGUUGAUAUUUUCACUUCAAUAAACUAGUCCUUCAACACUAGUAUAAGUGGCUGCUAUGCUUCUACAUCCAAAGAUAAUGGUUGGAGAAUUUUUUUGUGUUGUACUAGAAAGUAUGAACAAGUAAUUUUUUUUUUCUUAUGUUAGACGGAAUUUGUAGUCCUGGAAAUUUUGAACCAAGGAAUCCUGAAAUUGUCCUUAAUUUUAUUUUGACGGGAAGCUGGACACCCUUUAUUAUUAAAAACUCAAGUUUUAUCACACAACUAUUAAAAAUUACAGUGAGGUUCUAGGUGGCUUAGACUGUUUGUGCUUUUGUUGCUUUGUAAUUUUUGUAGUUUUGUGAAGAAUACCCACCAAGAAACACUGUAGGUUACUACAAAAAAAAAAAUAAAAAAAAGCAUACAGUGUUUUCAAAUAUAUAUUCAAAAUGUAAAAUAAUCAGCAUAUUCUUGAUACGUUACCUGAUAUACUAAUUUCAUUCUAUCACAAGAUUAUUGGCAUUUGAGUUGGACUAGCGUUUUACUAAACGAAUGUGGUUAAUAGCAUUCAAUAAGUUAUGUAAAUUGUAGUGGCAGUGACACUAUGUUUCUCUGCAAUCUUCAAAAUCAUAAAAUGCGAUUUUGGAACUAGUUUAGGUUACUGUGCAUAUUUACUUUGACCUAAACUUGUUGGCCCUUUUGUAUCUCUCAAAUAUAUCAGUGGAAAUUU